GCCGCGGCAUCAGAAAGGAAAAAAAAUCUCAGAAACAGCAGAUUCGACUUAAAACCUAUUUUUCCCCGGGUCACUCUGCUGCUUACAAAACUUGGUUGCCAGUGAGUGGGGACAUGUUUUCUUAUAUAAGUGUAGUGUGGAAACUUUGAUAAUCUUGUUAUCAGGUUUCACAGAAUUGUUCAUUGGAUAACCAUCUGCCAGAUUCCUUGAGAUCAUUCGGCUUGGUUAAAAACAGAUGCCGGGGAACAGUCCGUUUUACAUGUAAGUUUGUAGUAGGAACUGUUAAAAUGUUCUGUGUUUGCCCAAUUUUAAAUUUUAUUCACACGAAUGUUUCUUAAUGGUCCUUUACAAAUAAUUUGCCUGUUAUCCCGAUUGAUAGAACAAAAGGCCGCCAAAGCUAAAACUAGAAAAAUCUUCGGGCGACAUUUCCUCGGAUUCUAAAAUAAUUGAAGAAAUGUUCACAGAAACGUUCACUGGGCAACAAUUUUAACAAUCUUCUACGAUUAUUAAAAUUAACCCCCGAUUUGUCGAAAAUUAGAUGUUCAAAAAUGGACGCCAGCGCCAAAAACAGAAAAUAUUCAAACGCCCCUCCUAAACGUCUUAUCUGAUCUUGAAGUAGUUUGACCGAAAUGCUCAUUGUGUGACACUUUUCCAAAAUUAGUAAAGCAAUCUCGAUUCGAAAGUAAAAAUGGCCAUGAGCGGGGAAGGGCUUGUUGCCCCUACGUGCUCUAUGGAAAUUAUCCUCUUAAUCUACAGACUGUUUUUCAAAAUAAUUCGACAGAAGUUUUUCUAGAAGAACUGUCUUCCAAAAUUUUUUAUGAAUGCAUAAAACAAAGUGAUGGAAUCAUAAUAAUUAAAUAUCGGAAAAAAUGUGAAAAUGUUUAUCCCAUCUCUCUUGUUGCUGGAAAAGCAACUCUGAACAUAAUCAUAAUCAGAUGUAUCUUCGUACAAUUAGUUUAUUUGUUGUUUUUUUUUUAUUUUACUUUAUUUAGCAUAAGGCUGCACUCAAAUGCUAGUGCUGCUUGAAAUGCCAUAUUGCGUUACCAUUAUAGUGAUAAACGUAACAUUUUCCAGGCAAUGGUUAAUACAAAAAUGACCUUACCUUUUACCCCAUUCUGGCCUUGAAAUUUCCCCUUGUCGGUAAAAGCGUCUUUGUAUAUAGAACAGAUAAAGACUAUAAUGGUCAGCAAGCAAUUAACAAACUUUGCAGUCUACUAGUACAUGCAGAUAAUGCCCCUUUACGUAAAAGUCAAGAGAUUUGUGUUAAACACGGUUUUGAAUUUGCUUUGAUAAGAGGUAAAUGCACGUAACAGUGUACCGUCUGGUCAUUGUGGCCAAAAUAAAUGGCACACCCUAGUCAUUUAUUAACCUGUUAUUUUAUACAUUGCUAUAUGACGUCGACGCAAGGGCACAAUCUUAUCUAUACUUUAAAAAAAAACAUAUUUUUGCCUUACAAAGCUAUUGUUAAACAUUUAAAACGUAGACUGACCUCAAUUUGUCCUUGAUCCAACUUGUUUAUGAAUUCAUGAGUGCCAGACUUCUCGCACGUAGUUUUCUCAAACCGGCUGUUUUGUUCGAAGAGCACUAAAAUUAUUAUCUAAUCUGUUCCCUUAUAUAUCACAAUAACGUAAAUGAUAUAACAAUUGAAACUGUCCUUCAGAAUGUUGAAGAUAUUCAUUACAAUUUCUGCAAUUUACACCACAAUGUGGGCAUUCCAGUUUGAAAAUUGUGUAACAGAUCCUUCCAAAACAGAAUACAUUUGGCUCAAUUUUGACAUGUACCCGUUGCCAGUCAUAUUUCCAGGUGAACUGCACAUGCGCGUAGAUCUAAAAAUACUGAGAAAUUUGACUAGUCCUUUGAUCGAUAUUGAAUUGUACAAAGACGACCCUGAAACAGGAAAUACCACACAAUUCCCUUGUAUUCCAGACACCUUCAUCGGAUCUUGUCAAAAUAUUGACCUGUGUACAGUCAUAGAUCGCAUGAACAAUGUAACUGAAACCACGGGCACUCCCAGCUUCCAGGAACAAAUCGAUGAAAUCCUUGCGACCCCAUUGGGCAGGCACAAAGAAUGCCCUAUACAAACAACAUCAAGUACGGAUCAAACUGUUACCAUCAAACUGCAACCGCAAUCACUUUUCAUCCUGAAAAUAUUAGAGGGAGACUACAUGAUGAAACUCAUUGUCAAGGACGCCGCUGCAUCAAAGGAAAUUAUCGGCUGCCUAAAGUUCAAUUUCUCUAUCGUCGAAAGCCCACCGACUCCUCCUACCCCUACAUCCACAACCACAACAACUUUAGCCGGACCCGUUCCUCCUUCAGAAAGUAUUCCAGUUGGUUAGAAAGAAUAAUAAUACAAUGUCGUAUCUGUGAAAAAAAAAUACAUGGCCGCUAAGUUACCUUUUUUCAUUAAAAGACAUAAAUGUUUAA